GACGAUCUUCCCAAGGCCUUUCAAUUCCCAGUUUGUUACCAUCGUUCUGCCAUAUUCUUUCCCCUCGGUAGAAGCUCCAUUCCCUCAAGCUUGUUUCUUUCUUUACAUUUACUCUUUUUAACCUCUCUCUUCUCUAAUCUCUCUCUCUUUUUUCCCCUCUCUGAACUGCGCUUGCCGACAACAAUGUCUUCACAGAAUCCCAUUCGACGAAAGCUUGUUAUUGUUGGCGAUGGUGCUUGUGGAAAGACAUCCUUACUUUGUUCGUUUGCUCUAGGAGAGUUUCCCAAGGAAUAUCAACCUACCGUUUUUGACAACUAUGUUGCCGAAAUAAGGCUCGACGAGAAGCAUGUUCAACUCGCACUGUGGGAUACAGCUGGUCAGGAAGAAUACGAACGUUUACGACCAAUGUCAUACUCCAAGUCUCAUGUCAUCCUUAUCGCGUUUGCUCUCGAUACUCCUGACUCAUUAGAAAACGUGGAGACCAAGUGGAUAGAAGAGGUCCGCUCUAUCUGUGGUCCAAACAUACCGGUCCUUCUCGUCGGCUGUAAGGCUGAUCUACGGCCUAACACUAGCCAUCCCAACACGCCCGAUAAUCCCUGUCCAUGGGUCACCCGCGAACAAGGCGAGCGUGUGGCUCAGCGCAUCGGCGCCCGUGCUUAUAAGGAAUGUUCUGCACUCAAGAUUGAAGGUGUCGACGAUGUCUUCGAGACCGCCACACGGGCAAGCAUGUUAAUGAGAGAUGGGGUACCGGCGAGUUCGCAGCAGCCUUCUGAAGGACGGCAUCAUAGACGAAGAAGUAGCGGAAAAAGUGGAUCAAACGAGGAGACGGGAAAGGGAUGGAAAUGCUGUGUAGUGUGUUAGGACAUUUUCUGCGCAGACAUUUUCUUUAGUUUGUUCUUUACCACGACUCACGGACGGACUCCCCGCUGACCAGCCGUUUUUGUCUUCAUCGUAUUGUGAGACGACCGCCUUAUUUAUCCCGUCUGUUGUCUUUUUGUCUUUGUCUCUGUUUCUGCUCAUCUUAACCAAGAUAGUGUCUUCCCAAAUACUAUCUUUAGAUUUCUGGUUUAAUAUCGCAUGUCAAUUCUGACUACUCGCACAUCAUCUUCACCAU